AUCUUGUGAGAACCGCUUGAUCACCGAUGAAUGGUCUAGAUCACAGGAGAUGACGUGUCAUCCAAUUAACGACGCUUUAAAAUACCCUUCCAACGGCAAUACUUUUCCUUUCGGGAACGUUCAUCGGAGCCGGAGGCCAAGCGGAGUGGUCCAUAUCUCAGCAAUUAGUUUGAGUUUGUUUGACGUACGACUGCGCUAGCAGUUAAGUUGUUUAGUUGAUUUUGGAGUAAUUAGGAAAGGUCGCAAAGGGCACAUAGCAUAGCAUGAUGGAGCGGAAGGCAGCAGGAUUCGGUGUUCUUGGAGUCGUAGUAGUAUUGAUAAUGGCUAUGACGGUGAUCGGCGUCACUGAAGGUGAGCGUUUUAACAAGACUUCUUCGUCGGGUGGGCUAUUUUGGUCAACCGCAAAAGAGGAGUCUGAUCUCAUGCUCAAGGCUGAACCCGACGAAGAUUCCUCCGCUGCUGCUGUCGUCAAUGACCACGACGACCUUGAUGGUGGCUUCUCUUCUCUCGAUGGGAUGUUACAGUGGGCCAUUGGUCAUUCCGAUCCAGAGAAAUUAAAGGAAACUGCACAAGAUGUCCAGCGACUGUCUCCUAACGAGUUGAAGGAGCGCCAAGUGGAAAUUAAGGAACUGAUGGAAAAGAUGAAAAUGCCAUCUGACUCCCAGUUGAUGCAGAUUGCAAUAGAUGACUUAAAUAACUCAUCUUUAUCUUUGGAAGAUCACCACCGUGCACUGCAGGAGCUUCUGGUACUUGUUGAGCCAAUUGAUAAUGCAAAUGAUUUGACCAAACUUGGCGGCCAUCACGCAGUAAUACGAGAGCUUAAUCACCCUGAUCCAGAUAUAAGGAGAGUUUCUGCAUGGGUUCUGGGGAAAGCAAGUCAAAAUAAUGCCUUUUUCCAGAAACAGGUCUUGGAACUUGGGGCACUCACUAAGCUAAUGAAGAUGGUAAAAUCAACUUCUGUAGAAGAAGCCAUAAAAGCCCUAUAUGCUGUUUCAGCCUUGAUCCGAAAUAAUUUAGCUGGUCAGGAAUUGUUUUAUGCAGAAGCUGGAGAUAGCAUGCUUCAGGACAUACUAAGCAACUCAAGCAUGGAUAUCAGACUCCAGAAGAAAGCUGUUUUUCUGGUUGCUGAUCUGGCUGAAUCUCAGCUAGAAAAUGUAGAAAGAGCUGAGCUGCCUUUCUUCAGAAAUCACUUCUUCCUAAAGUCUGUAGUCAAUCUAAUGGCAUCAACGGACCUUGAUCUCCAGGAGAAGGCUCUUGUUGCAAUCAAGAAUCUCCUGCAACUCAAAACAACUGAAGCUUUGGUUUUUAAGGACUUCUGUGGCUUGGAUGAUGCUUUGGAGAGGAUGAGGCUGCAGCUGCAAGAUUUAAUGGUAGAAGAAUAUCAUAGAGAUUAUGCAAUGGAUGUGGAGAGACUCCGUAGAGAAGUGGAGCUGAUUUUUCUUAGCAAGCUCGGGAAGGUGAUGAGGGUCCCAACAUGAGGAGACGAGUCUGGCCACACUUAACAUCAUGCAGUUUGUUAAUUGCUGUCAAUUUUUAUAGGAUUUUAUCUAUAGAAAGGGCUAAUUGUGUUGAAUCCUAGGUUUUAAUCUUGUUUUGCAAUUUUCAUUUUAUUUUAUUUUAUUUUUAGUUGAAAGGGGCUUUGACCAAAUGAAAACUAUCGACGUGUCAAUAGGCAAGAGUAGAGCUUUAGAUGUUGAGCAGGUGCUCUCACUUUUAGGGGAUCUUAAUACAAAAUUAGAGAUAGGAAAAUAGAUCCGGACUGCUACAUAUGCUUUCAGAUUGUAAUUUAACGAGCACGUUUCAUUUUGCAAUUGUUUUUAGGUUCA